GGUUUUGCUUUAAUGCGAAACGUAAUUAACCCGGAAAAAAGGGCCGGCGGACAGGAGCGGCGGGGGAGGGGAGGGCGAGAGGCCCCGAGAGUUUGGCAGCGAGACCGAGAAGUCCCCCGGGAGCGACAGGCCCUCGGCCCGAGAGGCGGCUGCUGCCCCGAUGUAACCCGCCCGGCUCGAGCCCCGGCCUCUGCACGGCGGGCGCGGAGCUUCUCUGCGGGCUCGGGCGCUCGGCUGCCGCCCGCAACGACUGCCCGGGCCGCGGGCAGGAGGACAGCAGAGGACGUCCCAGGCAAGUCCCCUGGGCACGGGCUGGGCGCCGGAGAUUCCGCUUUCUCUUCCCCCGCUGCCUUGUCACUGUGCAGGCUUAGAACGCUCGCCCAGGGAGACCCCUCCGCUCCUCUGGGUCCCCGGGGCCUAUGGGCUGCAGGCACUGCGGGCGACGGAGGUGACUUGAUGGCAAACGGCCCCGAAGUACGGUUGGGCGCCCUGUUAGGGUGAUGUGAGCAGAGCCCAGGAAUGCCUUAUGUGGAUCGGCAGAACCGAAUCUGUGGGUUUCUGGACAUCGAGGAGAAUGAGAACAGUGGCAAGUUUCUGCGGAGGUACUUUAUUCUGGACACCCAGGCCAACCGCCUUCUCUGGUACAUGGACAACCCCCAGAACCUGGCAGUUGGGGCAGGAGCGGUUGGAUCUUUGCAGCUGACCUACAUCUCGAAGGUGAGCGUAGCUACCCCAAAGCAGAAACCAAAAACUCCAUUUUGCUUUGUUAUCAAUGCCCUGUCUCAGAGAUAUUUUCUUCAAGCCAAUGACCAGAAAGAUCUGAAGGAUUGGGUUGAAGCCCUGAACCAAGCCAGCAAGAUCACGGUACCCAAAGUUGGGAGCCUACCUCCAGCUACCGAAGUUCUCAAAAGCCUGGCUCCUGCUCCAGCCCUAGAGAAGAAGCCCCAGGUGGCCUACAAGACCGAGAUCAUUGGAGGGGUGGUGGUGCACACGCCCAUCAACCAGAACGGCGGGGACGGGCAGGAAGGGAGUGAGCUGGGGCCCCAUGCCAUCCUUCGAAGGUCCCAGAGUUACAUCCCCACGUCAGGCUGCCGGGCAUCCACUGGACCUCCCCUCAUCAAGAGUGGCUACUGUGUGAAGCAGGGGAACGUGCGGAAGAGCUGGAAACGUCGCUUCUUUGCACUCGAUGACUUUACCCUCUGCUACUUCAAGUGUGAGCAGGAUCGAGAGCCUCUGCGCACUAUAUUGCUCAAAGAUGUUCUCAAGACCCAUGAGUGUCUGGUCAAGUCUGGUGAUCUGUUAAUGAGGGACAACCUGUUUGAAAUAAUAACAAGCUCCAGGACCUUCUACAUACAGGCAGACAGUCCAGAAGACAUGCACAGCUGGAUCAAGGAGAUUGGGGCAGCUGUCCAAGCACUCAAGUGCCACCCCAGAGAAAUGUCCUUUUCUAGAUCCAUUUCUUUGACUCGACCUGGAAGCUCCAGCCUGUCAGGUGGGCCCAACUCUGCCUUGUCCAGAGGGCGGCUACCUGUGGAGGAAAAGAAAGCCCUCUGCAAAGUCCCCUCUGUGGCCUCCUCCUGGCAACCCUGGACACCUGUCCCCCAGGCUGGGGAAAAGCUGCUUCCUGCUGAAGAGACUCCAGAGGACUCUCUGUUUGUGCCUCGACUUGGGGACAGCAAUGCUGCUGGCGUGUUGCAGAGCUCCCGGAUAAGGCACAAGUCAGAGCCCCAGCACCCCAAGGAGAAACCAUUUAUGUUCAACCUUGAUGACGAAAACAUACGGACCUCUGAUGUGUGAUGAAGCUCAGUGAC